AUGCAGAACAUCGAUCCGCUGGAGUUCGCCAACAUCCUGGCCACCGAGCUGUGGUGCCAGCAGUUGGCGAACCUCGAGGGCCUCCAGUCGGGGGUACCAACACGCACCACGGCUACCAUAACGCCCACCCAGCUGCGCAACUUCGAGCAGACUUACAUCGAGCUCACCAACUGCCGGGGCGAGCAGGCCAACCACGCGGGCUUCGUGCCACCUUCGGUCACGCACGCCAACAAUUACGGCAUCCUGAACACGGUGGGCUACUGCGAGACGGGCCCGACGACCGCGCUGCACGUGUCGCCGGGCCCGCUAUCGGCCAGCGAAAGCAGCAGCAGCCCCGGCCUGCCGGCACCCAAGAGGCGCAACAUGGGCGGCAGGAGGCCCACUAAGGCGCCCCAGGACCUCACGCCCGAGGAGGAAGAGAGACGCAAGAUACGCCGCGAGCGCAACAAGAUGGCGGCCGCGCGCUGCCGCAAGCGCCGCCUCGACCACACCAACGAGCUGCAGGAGGAGACGGACAAGCUCGAGGAGAAGAAGCAGUCGCUGCAGGACGAGAUAAGGAAGCUGAACGCGGACCGCGAGCACCUGCAGGCGAUACUGCAGAACCAUCUGCAGUCGUGCCGGCUGAACAAGCGCUCGGCGAGCCCGCCCGAUGUGAAGCCCUUCCAGGACCCCUACGCCUACCCCGAAGAUCCCGAGGACGGAGUGCGCGUGAAGGUGGAGGUGAUGGACCCCGCCGUGGACCCGGUGCUGGCGCUCGACAACGACAUCUUCACAUCGCCGAUGCCAGACAAAAGGAUAAUGCUGUCGGCGGCGAAUCCGGCCGUUGUGACGAGUACCUCCGCGACGUUGGACACGCCCCCAGUCACCACGCGCCCCAACCGCCCCAACUUCCUGCACGUGCCAGUCAGCCUCACGCCCGCCCAGAUACACAACAGCAAGGCGCUGGGCGGCAGCAAGAUCCCCGGCAUAGAGAUCAGCACGCCCUCGAACGGGAUCCCGUUCAACUUCGACAGCCUGAUGGAGGGCGGCACGGGGCUGACGCCGGUGCACCCGCACCCGCACCCGUGCGCGCAGCAGCAGCGCGCCGCGCCCGACCUCGCCUCGCCGGACCACGGCAGCCUGGUCAGCCUC